AUGAGCGGCCUUACGAAUCCGACUACUUAUCAUGAGGAAAGCAGACAUCGACUAUCGCCUAUAAGCUCGGGAGACGGAUCCUCAGCUUCCUCUGCACAGUCGUACAAUGGAUCAGACGACACGUUGAUGGAUGGCAUGUACCGCCCACGAUAUGGUACCAUGCAGAGCACAACCGACGACGAUGAUCUCGAAAGCGACAAUGCGUCCAUGCAGUUUGACUUCACACCGUAUCUGGCAUCGAACAUCGACUCUCGCUACCAAGAGAAGUUCGGUCGCACAGCGUCAGUGGUGGCAGACAAUCCAUUGGUGGAAGAGAAUAAGGACGAGAUCUUCAGAGACGCGCUAUAUAUGCUGUUCAAGUACGUGGAUAGAGAUGAUCGUGUACAUUUACAAUUGGUGUUAUGCCGAGGACUCAUU